GAUCCUCUGCUGCUCUCUUGUUUACAUUGAGAGUUUGCAGGUUAUGUUGGUUAUAAUUGCUGUUAUGUUGGUUGUCAAAUGUGUUUAUAGUUAAUUAUUAUUAUUAAAACUAAAAAUUAGUGACAUUGAAGACAAUUUAGUGUCUGUUGGCGUGAGCAAUGAAGGCAGCCGAAAAAGGAAGAAAAAUAGGGUUGAUGAAAAGAGUACUUGCAAUUCAAAGGCUUCAACACAUACAAUCCUUGUCGACACAAUAGUAAGCACUUUCAAGUGCAAUAAGUUUUCACCUAAUGACUAAGUACUUUAGGAACAAACUUUUAGUGUCGGAUAAAGUAGCUCAGGGUAACUUCAGUUCUAGUUUUAUUGAUGUUCUCGCAGUAAAACGGCGCAGACCAUUGGCCACAAGCAAUAACAGCUGACCAAAAUCUGGUUCGACCAAAUAUCGCUUAAUAACGUCCAAGGAAAAAAAUGUUGCCUGUUGCAAGAAGCUUUUCAUGCAAGUAAUGUGUGUGAAAUCUGCCAAGUCUGAAGGUGGUGCACAUGGCCUGUUGUGCGUUCGCCUGUGUUAAACACACAUGGUCUGCCUGCAGCGAUGCCGAGCAGAACAGACUCGGAGAGUUCCUGGCCGCCCGCUGCAUACAGAGCUGCUACCGAGGCUGGCUCGCCAGGAAGCACUUCUGGAUGCUGCACGAAGCUGCCACGAGAAUACAGAAGGUCUGGAGGGGAUACUCAGGCAGGAAGCUGUUCGUGUCGCUCCUUAUUGCGCGGGUGGAGGAACUGAGUCGUCGCCACUUCGACACCAUGGCCACCAUCAUCCAGAAGACAUGGCGGGGGCACGUGGUCAGGACUCGCGUCUUCGACUACUACUUGUUACGGUCCUGGAUCCGUGGUGUCCUCGGCAAGAACGGCGAACUCGCCCAGCGGAUGAUGGUGUUCAAGGCAGAAGUGGAGGACCGCAUGAAGGAUGAGCUGGAGGAGGAGGCCCGGGAAUGGGUCCUGUUCGUGCUCUUCAAGCUGCACCACCUGCUCAGGACUCACUCGCAGCCCGGCAUAUACAGUCUCCAGGGGAGCAUGGAACUGUCCGACCUGGAGCGACAGCUCGCGCACGUCGCCGACCACAUGAAGGCAGUGCGCAAGAAGCGGAUGUCACUGCGCAAGUGCCAGGGCCGCUGCCUGGCUCACUGGUGGAGGAGCGGCGACUGCGGUGACUCCCCGAGGCUGCUGGUGGAGGAGCCCCGCCGAGACGACGUGACGGGGACUCCUCCACAGCACAGCCCCAUGAGGUUCCCGCUGGUGCGCCACGAUGACGGAGACCUGCGGCUGCCGCCCGGGCCCUUCCCGACCCCGCGUCCCGUGCUCAGGCAGCGCCACCCCUCGGGCGACCUCGGGCCCGAGUUCGUGACCCGCGUCGGGCGGGGCGGCUGCCGCUACCAGUGACCUCGGUGCUCCAGAUACAUGCAUGGUCGUCCACAUUUACAUUUACAUUUACAACUGAUUGAUUUAUCAGCCGUACACCAUUACAUUAUCUUUGAAAGAUUUGUGCAAUGGGAGUGCAUGACUUGAUGUAAGCUUUUGGACAUACGCCAUUGCUUAGCACACAUAUGUCUGUAGAAGAAAACUACAAAAAAAAAAAAAACAACAAUUUUUUGCUUAAUUAGUGUUUUUUUGUCAUUUUUUUUUGUAGUUUUCUUCUACAGACAUACAUGUACUAAGCAAUGGCGUAUGUCCAAAAGCUUACAUCAAGUCAUGCACUCCCAUCGCACAAAUCUUUCAAAGAUAACAUCAAUGCCCGGUAUGCAUAUUUCUCUGAGGAAGUUGGAAAAUAUAACGAUUGAUCUAUCACAAUGUUCCAAUAACUUGACUUUUCUCUGUAAAUGUCAGCAGUAAGGGAGUCAGUCAUUCCUAGGGGACUCGCAGUCAAAUCCCCGGUCAACAGCAAACAGGCUCAACAAAUAACCCGGAAAGCCAGCCAUUAGCUAAUGAGUGAAAGAAUUGCCGCAUAUCACUGUCAAAAAUCACUUAAAUGCUUAGCAAUGGCGUAUGUCCAAAAGCUUACAUCAAGUCAUACACCAUUACAGUUUUGCACUCUUUGUCAUGAAAAAAAUUCAAAAACGUAAAUUAAGAAAUAAAAAUGAAGAAAUAAACCCACACAGGACAAGCCUAAAUCAGCUAUGUCAAACAGAUAAACCAGUGUACCUAAGCAGGUUAAGGACAACACAAUACAACAGCACAGAUGAACACAUUUAAAACAUAAAUAUCAGACAGCACAAGAAUUCCGUGAAAGGAAUUUAGUCAUGAAAAAAAUAAUAAAAGCACAGAUGAACACUGGGAUAGCAACAGGCCUGUACUUUGUGGGCAUGGUUUCAUUUUUAUUUCUUUAUUUUUUUCUUCUUCUUGAAGUUAUCCAUGACAAACAGUGCAAAACUGCAAUGGCGUAUGUCCAAGAAUUGGACUAAAUCAAAAUUCCUCGUUGCAUUAAUAAUAUAAAGAAUGUUUCAAUUAAUUAUUUAAAUCCCAGAAAAAUUGUUAAUCUUAAUUCUCAUUUACGAACACAAGAAUUUAUGGUAAUCUAUACUUACUUAGUUUAGUUACAUUUGGUAUAUGUGCAUGUAUUCGUUGAAACUUUUUUUUUACAAAAUUGUUUUUUUUUUAUUAUAUAUGUGUGUGUGUGUAUAUGUUAAUGUUCCUGGUUAAGUAUAAAGUGGGAAUUACAGUAUGAGCUUGCAGAUGUAAUUAGACCAUGAAAGAUCUUUAUAAUUCAAUAAUUUAUGAACGUGUUUCCACAAACUCGUUUGGAGAGAAAUAUUCCGGUCGCAGUAAGUCCAGUUUGACGUAAUGACCAACCAUGUGAAGUUCAUUCAAUCUGUGUGUAUGUAUGAUGCACUUAACAACAAACUUGGUUACUUCAAUCAGUUCAAUAUUGUUUCAAGACAGUGAGGUAAGCCUGUGAAACCCCACAAUGUUUUUCCAGGCUGGUUUAUUUUUUUAAAUUUUUCUUUUCCAGGAUAAAAAAGAAGACAUUUGAAGAUAUCCAGGAUGGUGAUUUGUCAUUGUAAUUAAAUUCAUGUAUGAUGUAUGCUAGAUUUAUGUCCAAAUAAAAAGAAAAAAUAAAUCAGACUAGCACAAAGGUA